UUUGUUUGUCUCACAGACACACAGAAAGAACUAAAGAAGACAAGAACAAUGUAGGAUUUAGCAGUGAUAAGGUUGUUCCACCAGCUUCUGUUUAACCUUUUCCUCACCAUGAAUCAUUCACUGGUUAAAAACAAAAAGCUCUUUCUUUUUCACCUUGCUUACCUUUCUAAAAUUAUCCAAUCACUUGCAAACCCAAACCCACUUAUAAAAACGCCUCCAAAUCUGCAAGCAAACCCUUUUCUUCCUUCCUUUUCCAUACACUACCUUGUGAACACUUUCACUUUCCCCUUUUUUAAUCCCUUCGCAAUCUUCAGACAUGGUUCCUUCUUUUUAUUUUAUGGGUUUUGUUUUGUCUUCACUCAUUAGCACAAUGGAAUUCCAAAAAGUUGUGUAUUAAUUAAUGUAAUUGCUCACUAUGAGAAAAGGCAAACCCAGAUACAGAUAUUAUGCUUGUCUACCUUGUUGAAUUUGGUAUUAACUGAGCGAUAAGGAAGGGAUUACUAAGAUUCUUCCAAGUCGGUGUUUUUUUUGGGGGCCUGCAUUAUUCAUGGAACUUGUUCUUAGCAAAUGGGUAUUUGCAUUUGCACUAACUUGGUGGGCUACUUUCUCUGGAGUAUACUCAGUGGAGGGAUUGAGAGGAGGCUCUAAAGUUAGAGGAGUAAAUUUGGGAGGUUGGCUGGUUGUGGAAGGUUGGAUUAAGCCUUCGCUAUUUGAUGGCAUUCCUAAUGGAGAUAUGCUUGAUGGUACAGAAGUUCAAUUCAAGUCAGUGACAUUGCAGAAGUAUAUGUGUGCAGAGAAUGGGGGUGGCAUGGGUGUUACAGUGGAUAGAGAUGCUGCAUCUUCAUGGGAAACCUUCAAGUUAUGGAGGGUCUCUGCAUCAGAAUUUCAGUUUCGCACCUCUCAAGGCCAGUUUCUAACAUGUGAAGGUGAAGGGUGCUCAAUAUCUGCUUCUGCAAACACAUCUUCAGAGGGAAAAUCAUUUUAUAUUGAGAGAAAUAACAACAAUAGAGUUCAUCUAAAACUUCUCAGUGGGGCUUAUCUACAGGCAACUAUAGGAAACCAGCUUACAGCAGACUAUCCAGGGAAACCAGGAUGGGAUGAUAAUGCAGCCACUUUUGAAAUGACUAUCGUAGCAAAUAAUUUGCAUGGAGAUUACCAACUUGCAAAUGGAUAUGGACACAGUAAGGUGAAAGAUGUUCUUAAGAAACACAGAAACAGUUUUAUUACAAUGGAAGAUUUCAAGUUUCUAUAUAGACAUGGGAUAAAUGCAGUAAGGAUACCAGUUGGCUGGUGGAUUGCUUUUGAUCCUAAUCCUCCAGCUCCAUUUAUAGGAGGAUCCUUGGAAGCUCUUGACAAUGCAUUCUCAUGGGCACAAGCCUAUAAUAUAAAAUGCAUAAUUGAUCUACAUGCGGCUCCUGGUUCUCAAAAUGGGAUGGAACAUAGCGCUAGUAGAGAUGGUACAACAGGCUGGCCUACUUCGCCAGAUUAUAUCUCACAAACACUGGAUGUUAUAGAUUUUCUAGCUUCAAGAUAUGCAAGGCAUCCUGCCUUGCUGGGAAUUGAGCUUUUAAAUGAACCAUCUGCUGCCUCAGUUCCUUUGGAAGUUUUGGUUCCAUAUUAUAAACAAGGCUACCAAAUUGUUCGAAAAUACUCAUCUACAGCUUAUGUCAUCAUCUGUCAGAGAAUUGGCAAUGCUGAUCCAAUGGAACUUUACCAGGCUAAUAUAGGCUCCAACAACUUAGUAGUUGAUUUGCAUUACUACAAUCUUUUUGACACUUUCUUUGUUAAUAUGAGUUCAGAAGAUAAUAUUCAAUUUAUAUACAAGAGUAGGGAAACUCAACUACAGGCUCUGAGCAGUUCAAAUGGUCCACUUGUUUUUAUUGGGGAAUGGGUGAAUGAAUGGAAUGUGACAAGUGGAGCUCAGACAGAUUAUCAAAAUUUUGGAAAAGCCCAACUUGAUGCUUAUGAUGCUGCUUCUUUUGGAUGGGCAUAUUGGACUCUCAAAAAUGAUAGAAAGCAUUGGGAUUUUGAAUGGAACAUUAGGAACAAUUAUCUCCAGUUUGGUAAUUCACCAGCCAAGCAAGUUUUCAGGAGUGUAGUAUUGCUUGGUUUGGUCCCUGUUUUCUUCUUUCUGCAUCCUAUAUUAUAGAGGAUAUAAUAAGAGUUGCAUAUGGUCCAGAGACUGCAAAAUCUAAGCGGCUGGUUUUCUCUUCUUUUCUUUUCUCUUUGCUUCCAUGUUUGCCAGAUGUUAUUGGGUGUUCAAUAUUUCAUUCAUAUUGCAAAUUUUACAAGUUCAAUAAUAUUCUCAGAGCAGAGUGUAUCAUAGGAAAAGCUACAUUUAUUAUGCUCAUCUUCAAUAAUAUACAAAGGAAAAGAAUUUUUUUUC